AUGAAGCUAGUUCUCUUAUUUCUGGCUCUCAUCUUCUUUUCUCAAGGAUAUGUCUAUGAUUGCCUUGAUGAUUGUGAAUGUGAUACAGACGACGAAGUAAUUCAUUGCCACAAUGGAGAACGCACCCAACUCAAGCUUCCUCAAGGACAACGUCUCCGUGGUUUCCCAGUCAUCGGUUUGACAUACAAUAAGAUUGUGCGACUUCCGGAUGAAGCCACUCUUUUAGCGAAAUUUCCAGAUCUUAAGGUGGUUGAUGUGGAACGAAAUCCAGAUUUCGAUUGUGAUUCGAUGAAGGAUUACAGUCAAAUCAAAAUCGUCUCGGAUUGUUUCAAGAAUGUCACUGAAAUCGGGCGUGUUCCACGCUUAUUCCGACCGACCAAGGAUUGCGACGUAGCGUGUCAGGCGUCGCGGCACUACGCGAAACUUCACGAAUAUGUUCUUUCUUUGUGGGAGAUUAUCAAACAAAAGUACGAGAAUUUCGAUAUAGAUGUCACUCUUCGUCAAAUCCAGGAUUUCUUUGUCAUGGUGAUCCAGAAAAUGCAUCAAGUGGGACGCGAAAUCAGCGAAAGAAUCGAUGAGGAACGCCAUCCCAAAAUGGUCACUCCAAUGCCGACUUUGUCAGAAGUCGAACUCGAUUCCUAA